AUGCCUCGUUCAUUCCUGCAAGCAGAUGUCUCCCAGCUCGUUAAGAGACUCACUCUCGACGAAAAGAUUAGCCUCCUCAGCGCACCAGACUGGUGGAACACGUCCGCAGUCAAACGACUCGGCAUCCCAGCCGUGCGCAUGAGUGAUGGUCCCAACGGUGUUCGAGGCUCCUCACACUUUAUCUCUACUCCUGCACAAUGCUUGCCGUGCGGGACGGCUUUCGGGGCGACAUUUGAUCCUGAACUUGUUUUUAAAGUCGGCGAAUUCCUGUCGGCAGAGGCUAAAAUAAAGUCCUCGGUGAUUCUGCUCGCACCAACUUGUAACAUACAGCGUAACCCGCUCGGUGGGCGAGCCUUUGAGUCAUUCUCCGAAGAUCCGACGCUAUCUGGUUUACUGGCGGCUGCGUACGUCAACGGCUUGCAAUCCCAGGGCGUUUCAGCGGCUAUAAAGCACUUUGUUGCAAAUGACCAAGAAGUUGAACGGACAGCUGUGGACUCCGUCGUCUCCGAAAGAGCUCUCAGGGAAAUUUAUCUUUAUCCGUUCAUGCUCGCUCAGAAACAGGCAAAACCAUGGGCCUUUAUGACGUCAUACGGCCGUAUAGAUGGUGUUCACUGUUCGGAGAACAAGCGACUUCUUAAGGAUAUACUGCGUACAGAAUGGGGGUUUGAUGGCUUAGUCGUCAGCGACUGGUACGGGACAUACAGUGUGGACCUCGCAAUCAAUGCCGGUCUUGAUUUAGAAAUGCCUGGCCCAUCGCGGUGGCGUACUCUUACCCUUGUGACACAUAUGGUAUCUUCGCAGAAAGUCUCAAUGAAGGACAUUGAUGCCAGAGUCAAGACAGUCCUUUCGCUUGUUCAGAAAGUCGCUAAGAAGAACCCCGAUAUCGUAUAUGGCGACGGCAGUGAGAAGACGCGUGACUCUCCGGAAGCCCGAAAGUUCUGCAGGGAUCUUGCUUCAGAAUCCAUUGUCCUGCUGAAGAACCAUGAGGGGGUUCUUCCCGCUCGUGUGGGAACGGUCAAAACUAUUGCUGUUAUCGGGUCGCAUGCGAAGGCCUCUGUCGUUUCUGGCGGUGGUUCAGCUGCGCUCAAACCAGCGUAUGUCGUGACACCUUUGGACGGGAUUUUGAACAAUGCAGCGUCCGACUUCGAGAUUAAGUACGCCGUAGGGUGCUACGCCCAUAAAUACCUUCCGACUGUCGAAUCUCUGCUAAAGACCCACGACGGAAAGCCAGGAUGGCUAUGUACAUUUUACCAAACGGAUGAGGAGGGGUCCCUUACGAACGCGGUCGCUGAUUAUGUCUUGAAUGACACUCGCGUAAAGGUGAACGACUUCCUGCCAGAGGGAAUGGGUGACGAGUGGGGGAUGAAGCUUAAAGGUAUUCUGACUGUUGAGGAAGAUAUGCUAUUUGAAUUUGGCCUUGCUGUAGCUGGUCGUGCAAAGAUGUAUGUUGACGGGAAGUUACUCAUCGACAACUGGGACAAGCAGAAGCCAGGAGAGUUCUUCUAUGGACAAGGCUCGAUCGAAGAGAAGGCAUCAGUACCCCUAUGUGCGGGCAAGCCAGUCGAUAUCGAGGUUGUCUAUAUUAACUCCUCACCGCCACUUGAAGAAGGCGAAGAAAGAGACUUAUCACAGCCAGCUCUCAUGCGUGGAUUACGUCUAGGCGGAGCAGAGAAAAUAGACGAAGACAGUGCUAUCAAGGAGGCUAUUGAUCUUGCUGCAAGCUGCGACCUGGCUGUCGUAGUUUGCGGCCUUACACCAGAGUGGGAGGCCGAAGGCUUCGACCGUCCGACCUUGGAUUUACCCAGGCGACAGAAUGAACUUAUUUCGUCGAUUAGUAAAGCGAAUUCCAAGACGGUAGUUGUUGUUCAGGCUGGCUCCGCUGUUAAUAUGCAGCCAUGGGUUAAUAACGUCGCUGCGAUAUUGUACUCAUGGUAUUUGGGAAAUGAGUCAGGGAAUGCUAUCGCAAAUAUCUUGUUUGGAAAGGUCAACCCCUGUGCUAAAUUGCCCCUUACUUUACCCGUCCGCAUAGAGGACGUGCCCUCUUACCUGUGUUCUGGCAGCGAGAACGGAAAGGUCUUCUACAGGGAAGACAUAUUUGUUGGGUAUAAACACUAUCAAUCUAGGAAGAUUAAACCGCUUUUCGCCUUUGGCCAUGGGCUGUCGUAUACUUCAUUUACGCUAUCAGAGCUCAAGAUUAAUGUAUCUCCAUCCGGGACCGACUUCGCGGCGGAUAUUUUAAUCAAGGUGACGAACACUGGCAGCGUGUCUGGCUCCGAGGUUGUCCAGGUUUACGUUACCCUCCCGCCAAAUGGAACGGCAACUCCAGAGCGUCAGCUGAGGGGUUUCACGAAAGUGCGCGACUUGUCGCCGGGUUCAAACCAGAUCGCCAAAGUUCACUUGGACAAGUACGCUGUGUCAUUUUGGGAUACCCCGAUAAAUAAGUGGCGUGUUGUUGGGUCCAAGUAUGUUGUCCAUGUCGGGAAUAGUAGUGACAAUUUAACUCUAGAGGGAUCGUUCAAGAUUACAAGUGGAUUUACAUGGAGCGGUUUGUGA